CUUCUCCUUACUAUAUUCUCUUUACUAAUUUCCUCUUCCUCGCACAAUCCACCCCAAUUUCCUCAGAAUGCGCCCUCAAUCCCUCAUCCAAUUCAUCCUCCCAUCCACAAUCCUCGCCCAAUCCCCCGAUACCUCCCUCGGCUCCACCCUCAACGUGACCGUCCUCGGCGCGCGCCACAAUCGCUCCACCUUAGAGUGCUGGGCUCUCCAGCCGGGAUUUAAGACUUCCGAUCAACCCGGACAGGUCGGGAGCGCCGCGCUGGAUUUGGGGACUAUUGGUGGGAACGCGUCGUUUACGGUGUUGCCGGCUGGAUUUGAUGGCGGUAGACAUAACGCGCCUGCUUUGCAAUGGGUGGUCUUCCUCUCCGGCUUAGCGCAUAUCACGCUCCCUAACUCGACAACCGAGGCCUGGAUUGAAGGUGGCAAGAAUGGGGCCAUCCUGGCCCUCGACACUGCUGAUGUCAGUGCAUUGGGUCACUUCACUACCUAUCCCUCGCAGGACCGGACGACAUCCGUGCUGAUCCCCCUCGGGGAGAAAGGGAUACCGGGUCAUCGGGUCCUGCAUCAGGGUCCCUGUCAGGGGGAGGAGUUGUUGGUAUAA